UAUACUCGUAAAUAAAACCCAAAAAAAUCACACCACGCCUCCAUAUCUUCCGAGCCUAUUUUCGUUGUCAUUUUCACUCUCUCUGGAACUGAAGACCUUCCCCACAACCUUUUAUCUCCUCAAAUCAGAUGUCACAACGAGGUGUUUGGCAGCUUCAGAAGCUGGUCGUGAGCUAUUGUAACUGGGGUGGAAGUAGUAGGGGCAUCAGGGCAUUUAUGGAAUCUGAUUUGCCAUUAUUUAAGGAAAGUAAUCCUCAGCUAGAGGUGGUUACUGAGCUUAAUCGAGGUCAACAUCCAUUUUUGAAGGGAUUAUAUAAGAACAAGAAUGAGCGUGUUGUAUCUGUGAUGAACAUGACUCAAGAAGAAGUGCUGCUUUGCGCAACGAGGCUUAGAAAUUCAUUGGGAAGAAAGGUGGUGAAGCUGAAGACGAGACAUGUCACCAAACACCCCAGUGUACAAGGGACAUGGACUACAGACACGCAGAUCUGAAUCAAAAUAAUUGCACAAGUAAACUUUUUUCUAGUGUUUAGAAAGAUUUUGUGUUACAUUUCUUUAGACGUAUAUUUAAUAUGCCGUAACAUUCCCCUUUUCUCAUAAUCGUUAUCAAGAUCUGCAAUUGAUUAUGAGCAAUUUCACAAGCAUGUUUUGUAUUAUAAAGAAAUCAAUUUCAGUUCUUUUGGUCUUUAUAAAUGCUUAUGUAUUAGGCAACUCUCUUGUGAGUUGUGACCAUUGUUCGGGGAUUAAUAGAUCAGUUGUUAUGUACGUGUUCGUACAAUAGCUUGAUUCUAUCGCA